UUUUUGCGGCCCCCUCCCCGUGACGUCUUCAUCCCCGCGGCGAGGAAGAGGAGGGUGGGUGGGGAGCGUGGGAGCGCCGUGGGGAAGGGGCGCGCGAGGUGACGGGGCCGCGGGAGGACACGGCGGCUGCUGCCGGAGGAAUGAGCCCCCCCACACACACUCAGUGCCCCCCCCACGGCCCCCCCCAGCAGAUUUCCAACCCCCUGGCCCCUUGGGGACCCGGCUGUCCCCACGCAGCCCGGCCCUGCCCUGCCCUGGCACUCGGAUCCCAUUCAGCUUCCCCCCCCCUCCCCGGCCAGGGCACGUGCGCUGGGGCUGGAGCGCAAACGGGGUCACCGAGCCCCCCCCCCCCAUCAUCAUUUUGGGGACAAACCCAACGGGAUCGUGCCCAGCGGAGCCCCCCACGUCGCUCCCUGCUCGGGGCCGUCACCACCCAAGGGACCAAGGGACGCCGCGGCCCCAUUUGUGACUCUCCUCUCCCCACGCCAAGGAGCCGUGACGCCCCAUCGUGUCCCCCCCCCGGGCCACCUCUGCUCGUCCCCCGUCCCCUGCCAGCCAUGGGGGGGCCCCGGCAGCGGGGUGGGGGCUGGAGACCCCGACUGCUCCCAGGAUUUGGCCGGCCGGGCACGGCGCUGAGCACCACAUGAGCCCAUGGCCAGCGAGGCGAGGAUGGGGGAGGCCGUGCCACGCUGGAGGAGAGCCCCCGAAACAGCGCAGGACCCCCGGGGGCUGGAGAGCAGCGGGGUGCCGGGGGUCCUGCCCCAAAACACGGCCACCAACCCGGCCCUGGGGGGCUACCAGGAGCCCCCCAAGCUGAGCUACAGCCCCGGGCUGCCCACGGACAAGGGGUGCCCCUGGAGGGGCUCCGAGGGCUGCGCGGAGCCGGCCAGCUUCCCGCUGGGCUGCCCCUACCCCCCGGCCCCGCAGCGCCUACGGGACGCCCUGUGCCACCCCAAAGACUCCUCCGAGCUGCCUCUGCUGCUGGCGCCCAGGAACGGGCAGCCCAAGGAGCCCCCCCCCGGGUGGGCUGAAGCCGUGCUGGCCCCCCUGGCUCUCUACAGCCACGCGUACCACCGCUACCCCCUGCCCUUCCCCGCCGCGGACACCCAGCGCCCCGGCAAGCCCCGCGGGGACGGGGACCCCCCGGCUUUCCGCAGCUGCCCCUUCCUCCUCUCCUCGCUGUUCCCCCCCCCCUGGUCCCCCAAACAGAGCCCGGAUUUGGUGGCGGGGGGCCGGAGGGGCCCGUGGGUGACUGGGCGCUUCGCCGGCACCGAGUGGCGCCUGGGUCCCUACGUGCCGGCUUGGGGGGCGCAGCCCCUCUAUUUGGGGGUCCCGCCGAGGUGCAAGGCGGCUCCGGGAGCCUUCGAGGGGAGCUGCGGCUUGGGGAGCAAGGAUAUUUACCCGAAGAAGGAGCCCGGCUUCCACCUCCAGGCCGAGGACCCCCACGGGCAGCCGGGGCACGGCGGAGAUGGGGAGGGGGCCACGGGGGUGCCAGAGCCCCCGGGCGCCCCGUGGAGGGAUGGCAGAGCGGGGGCCCCCCCUCCUCAUCCUCACACCCCCCCGCUCAGCACCGCAGCCCCCCUGCUCCUCCCGCAGCCCAGCAUGGCCCCGGGGGGGGCCUGGGUGGGCGCAGGGCCCCACGCCCCCCCGUGCAAACCCAAAGACGAGCGCCCGGCGUACCAAAGCCUCAACCCCGGCUCACCGCCGGCACCGGUGGGCGCAGACCCCAGGGUGGACAGGCACUACCCUACAGGCCCCCCCUGCCCUCUGGGGGGGGUCUGCGGGGGGCUGAGACCCUUUGAUGCGCCGGGGUUGGAGGGGGAGAGCACCCCGGGGGGCAGCGGGGGCCGUUUUCCCGUGCCGCGCCCAGCAUCCACACCAAGCUGAAGAAGACGUGGCUG